AUGAAUAAAAUUUUAUUCCCUGAAAUAUUUCCAGAUAUCGAAGAAAAUAAAUUUGUUCCAAUUCAAAAAUAUUUUUCAAGCCCAAAAGAUAUAUUCUUAACUGAUUUUAUAAAUAAUAAUGAAGAUAAUAGUCUCAAAAGUAUUAACAAUAAUAUGCUACAUGAAAAAAAAAGAAACAAACAAUAUAAAAGUGUAUUUGAACGUUUAACAGACCAAAACUUUUAUACAGGAACUCAUAAAAAAAAAUUCGAGGCAUUGGUAAAAUGUAAAUUGAAUGAACAGGAUAUGGAUAAUUAUUUGUCUAUAAAUUUAGAAAUGCAUACAAAUAUAAAAAAUGAAAACAUGAUUUCUCAAUAUUCUUUUUCUUCUAUUGGAAUAAAUCAAUUCGAAAAUGGAAAGAAAAAAAAAAAAAAAGAAAAAAAUUUAGUAGUUACCCCAGGAAUACUUGGUAUACAAAAAUAUGGAAUUCAAAUUGCUCGCCCCAAAAGUAUUUGGCUAUAUCGAAAUGGAGAUAAACAUCAUAAUGGCUUACUUUUCUUUAUUAAGUCCCAUAUAAAUAAUUUUAAAUUGUUAUUGUUCGAAAUUACAAAAGUAUUAAAUCCUAUCAUUGGGCCCAUACGGAAAAUAUAUGAUCAAAAUUUUAGACUCAUAAAAAAUAUACAACAACUCAACGAUGGUUCCAAAUAUUUAUGCACCUCAGGCGACCCACCAGCAUCCAUAGACCAUCUUGGAAAGUUCAAAUCCAAGUGGGUUAUACAAGGGUAG